GAGCCGGCUAUGGGGCUGCCCGGGCGGUGCGCGUGGAGCAGGCUGCGGCUGGGGCCGGUGCCCAGCCUGAGGCGGCGCUCCUCUGGGCAGCGGGGCAUCUGCGUCUCUGCAGCCACCAGCGGCAAGGGCGGGAGUCUCUGGAGCCGGGUGCACCAGCAGAAGCAGCAGCGGCGGCGGCAGCAGGGUGGACUGUGAGCGACCAACGGCAUCCCUGAACUCGGCUUGGCGCUCCAGAUCUCUUGCGUGGCGCACGGCACCCGAGGGAACUGGCUGGGGCUGCAAGGUCCUGAGUCGGGGGGGUGUAUGUGUGUUCGACCGGAGAUCCCCGUGGCUGCACUGUUUAGCAGCCAUGCUGCCCGGAGUGGGCGUGUUCGGCACCAGCCUCACGGCCCGGGUCAUCAUCCCACUCCUGAAGGACGAGGGCUUUGCGGUGAAGGCACUGUGGGGCCGGACUCAGGAAGAAGCCGAGGAGCUGGCCAAGGAGAUGAGUGUUCCUUUCUACACCAGUCGUAUCGACGAGGUGCUGCUGCACCAGGAUGUGGACUUGGUCUGCAUCAACCUGCCUCCUCCUCUCACGCGGCAAAUCGCGGUCAAGACCCUGGGUAUUGGGAAGAACGUCAUCUGUGACAGAACAGCUACCCCCCUGGAUGCCUUCCGGAUGAUGUCGGCUGCCCACUACUACCCCAAACUGAUGAGCAUCAUGGGCAACGUCCUGCGCUUCCUGCCUGCCUUUGUGCGUAUGAAACAGCUCAUCCAAGAAGGCUACGUAGGGGACCUGCUGGUAUGUGAGGUCCAGGUGCACAGCGGGAGUCUCCUGGGCAAGAAAUACAACUGGAGUUGUGAUGACCUGAUGGGAGGUGGGGGCCUGCACUCCGUGGGUACUUACAUCAUUGACCUUCUGACCUUCCUCACCAGCCAGAAGGCAGUGAAAGUUCAUGGGCUGCUUAAGACCUUCGUGAAGCAGACAGACCACAUCAAGGGCAUCCGCCAGAUCACCAGCGAUGACUUCUGCACCUUCCAGAUGGUGUUGGAGGGUGGUGUGUGCUGUACUGUAACCCUCAAUUUUAAUGUGCCAGGGGAAUUCAAGCAGGACAUAAUCGUGGUGGGUUCUGCUGGGCGGCUGAUGGCAGCUGGCACAGAUCUCUAUGGCCAGCGGAACAGUGCCCUGCAGCAGGAACUCCUGCUUCAGGAUGCUACUCCCGUCAGCAAUUCCCUGCUGCCAGAGAAAGCCUUUAGUGAUAUCCCCUCACCGUACCUACGGGGUACCAUCAAGAUGAUGCAGGCAGUACGGCAGGCCUUCCAGGACCAGGAAGACCGACGGACCUGGGAUGGACGGCCCCUCACCAUGGCCGCCACCUUUGAUGACUGCCUCUAUGCCCUGUGUGUGGUAGACACCAUCAAACGGUCCAGCCAAACAGGGGAGUGGCAGAACAUCACCAUCAUGACUGAGGAGCCAGAGCUGAGCCCUGCCUAUCUGAUCAGCGAGGCCAUGCGCAGGAGCAGGAUGUCUCUGUAUUGCUAGCAUGGGUUAGGGACAGUGGUGGCCAUAGGAAAUUUGGGGAUGGCAAUGGGGCAGUGACAUUGGGGAGAGGGAGAAAGAAUGCAGCUGAAUGCUUUUGGAGGGUGGAGGAAAUGAAACCCCUUCUUUGCUGCAAAAAAAGAAUACCUAAGGGUUUGUGGGGAGUAGACCCCAAACAGGAUUCUUUGUGGGCAUGAACUAACCAUGUGAGGAUUCAGAAUCCUCUGGGCUGCACUUGUCUGGUGAGCAGUCAGUAUUGCUAGCUGACUGAGCUCAAGGUAGAAAUUCCUAUGUGGUUUAUCUGCCUCUUUUGCAUUUACUGUGACAGGUAGAGGGCUUUUUUUUUUUAACCUUCCCUGCCUUCUCUUUGCAUCACUUUUCCCUACAUGUGGCUGUAUACCCCACAUAUACAUCCAUCCCCACUUUCCUCCCCAGCCACAUGGUGCUGUUUGAUCAGGCUGCAUUAAAUGGUAAAUGGCUAGCUCUGUUUGCUGCUGACAUGAAUGACCUUCCUGAUACCCAAUUCUGGCACCAUGCGGUCCCGCAAUCUCUCAUCUCCACAUAGGCCCAUUUUCUCUAGCAGACAAGAAUGAGCAGAAUGUGUGUGUGUGUGUGUGUGUGUGUGUGUGUGUGUGUGUGUGUGUGUGUGUAUGUGUGUGUGUGUGUGUGUGUGCGUGUGUGUGUGCACAGUAGAUGGGUAUGAGGGGAUUGUCAAGUGUGAUGGUUUGUAGGCUGGGCAGCCACUUUUCAGACUAUAGGAUUUAAAUGAGAAAGCAUCACCAAACCUUAUUCUGUAGGGAGGAAUAUUGCUGGGUGACACAGUCCCCCUUCCACUUGCUGUCUGCUUCUUGUCCCUCCCUCCCCUUGCAGGUUGUCAGUGAGGGUUUUUGAAAAAAUUGGCUUACACCAAUUGGUUUCUCCCCUCCUCCCACCCCAUCCCCUAGUAACUUUGAUUAGGAUAGCUUGAUGAGAAGCAGAAAGCAGAGCCCACUUUGAUUUUUUUUUUUUUAACAAAGUUGGGUUAGGAGACAGGGCUAGAAUUGAAGAAACCACCUGAAUCCAUCAACAGUUUGAAUAACCAUACUGAAACCUCACUGAAACACUCAUUAGAUUUUAAUAUGAAGUUGGAUUAGGAUUUAUGGGGAUCAGAGAGAUCGUAAGUUACUCUAAUAUGGUUUUGUCUGCCAAGGUGAUUGCGCAGCUCAGUCCUCAGGUGCAUGCGAUGUCACAAAAGCUAGCAGCUGGUAAGGUCCAGGUAUACUUGGCCUGACAGCCCCAUCUGUUCUUGGUAUAGAAUGAGGAAAAGCAGGUAACUUGACAUCGUACAUAUGAUAGCCCAGACUGAAUUUAAAGCUCACAGUACUUUUGGAGUUGCCUUGAACUGAGUUAAACCUCUUUCUAUUCACCUGGACUGUCCCAAAAGAGGUGCUCAGAUUUUUUUCCUGUAGGUCUGAAAGGGAAAGAGCUGGUUAGUCCCUCAUAUCUCUCUAAAAAGAAUCCUUUCUUCCCUGCUUCCUUAGAGAAGUAAGAAUCGUCUGACUUGGCUCUGUUCCCAAGAUCUAGGUCAGCAUCCUGAUGGAUUUUGGGUACAGCCUUUUAGAAUGAAAUCAAAGGGCAUGAUUUUCAAAGUUUUCUUGGUUUGAUGGGUUUGUGUCCCUCUGAUUUGUGACUACCCCUGUAAGAGUACUCUGCCUUGGACAAGUCACUUAGCCCCUGUCCUCAGUUCCCUAUUCUGUAAAAGGAAGGAAUCAGACAAGAAGACCUAUAGUCCCUUCUGGCUCUAAACCUAUGAUUUGGUGAUUCUCUGGGCCAAAGGCUGAGUCAUUGAUAAUGUGUUGCUUCCCUGUCACAGACCCAUGCCGAAGGAAGAAGGCCGACUUCAGUGGGUAUCACAAGAACUUUGAGCUACUUUUCAUUUAAUUGAACAUAGAAGAAACCUCUAGAAGUCAUCUGGUACAGUCCACUGCCACUGGGUAGAUGCAUGUCUAAAUUGACUGGGAUCAUUAGCUUUUUUCUCUCUCUUUCCUCCCCACCACUGAAACAUACUGUGGGUCCCUGGGCUACUAUAAUAUAUUCAGUUUUUAAAAAUAAAUUGAAAUCCUACUGGAAAUGUUCUGCUGUUUCCAACGAAAAGAAUUAAGUUUAAGAAUUAUCAUGGUUGAAACAAUUCACCCUCUCUGCUGGGGGAUCCUAACUGUAGCAUCCUGUACAUUUUGGUCACUGACCUAAAGCCAUCACAUGAAGAAUUCUAGCCUUUUGCUACAGUAGAUUUAAAAUGGGAAAUUUGGUAGGAUUUAGAAGUCUCCUUGGAAUCACUUUAGACUUCUUCAGGAGCUCCAUUUCUUUGAGGUAUUCAUCUGUGGUGGAACCUCCCAUCCCUCUUUUCCUAGGUUUCAGAGAUAGGUGGAAUGCUUACCUUUGGGUAAAUAGAUUCUGUGGGUCCUGAGUGAAAAAAAUGCUUAAAUUCCAGCCUGUUUGAAAAGAGAUGGUUGUCAGUAGGAAGAGAGAGGGGGAAAGGCAGAUUAGACUAUUUUCUUUGUCUCAAAAUUCCAAGUUGCAUGCUAAAAUUAGGAGACUCUUUGGGAAUUCACCAUAACAGUAGGGAGAUAUUUUUAAAGACUAUAUGGGUAGAAAUUCAGGGUCCUUUUUCAUAGCUUGUGAGUGCCCCUUUGAAGAUGGAAUGUGGAAAGAAUGUGUAUUUCCUAGUUAAGAAAAACACGGAAGUAAACAUUUUAGCCAAGAAAACCCCAAAGAAUGGCUCCUGGGAUGCCUCUGGUGCAGGUAUAGGAAAGAGGAAUGACUAAAGGUAUGAUGGUUUUCUUAGUUAAAAAGUCAGAAAUAAAAUCCAACAUGACUCAGUUCUUGAAUCUUAACUUCUGUCUCAGUGCCCAUGGAUUCAGAGUCUUUGUGGAUGGAGAGAAAUAGGCAAUGGCUUAAAAAAAAAAGAUUUGUAUGGGU